UAAUAACCGAUACCUAUAUACAUAGGACUCGGAAUUUCUGACUUGAACACCCCUAGUAUCCAAAGUCGUACUAGCCGAAAAUCUACCAUUGUUCGCCGAAUCGGUAGCAUUGUUUUAUUCGGAAAUGGUCGGCAUUUUCUUUGUCAGAAUAGCGUCUCACACUUGCAUCCCCUGGUAAAUCGAGCCUCAUCUAAUAUCCAGCCAACCACCCUCUCGCAAUGGGCAUACUCUUUUCUAUCCUUGCACCUUUGGUGAAGAUUUUAGAAUCUCUAACGAUUGCCGGUGGCUCUACCAACCUCAGAGACUACGACGCAUACCCACAGGAAGAGACUCGAACGACCGUCGACUCGACAUUAUUGAAGCCCAGGGCUGAGGCACCGGCAUUCUCCCAUCCACCAUCAGGUUGGACAGCCCAAUCUACAAGGAUAUAUACUCGUCCUUGUCGCUGUGGCAAAUCGGCAUGCAGGUGGCGGUUUUUCUACCUCGACCGAAUGAUAUUUGCCACCCAUGAAGUCCUCGAUUCGCUUGAGGCAAAAUUUCCGCUUAGUCCUACUACGCGAAACGCUAUGGGCAUUGCAAACCUCCCUGCUCCGAGGCUGAACUCACGCCAGAAGGAAUCCUUCUUCCUAUCAACUAUCGAAGGGCCCAAAUUCAGCUUCCAUAAAACCUUCGCAGUCCCCGUUUUCCGGCGAGGCUGUGGCGAGAGCGGUCUUUUUCGUUUCCUCGAGCGCGAGCCGUGGGCGGAUACGCGUCAGGGCAAGCCGGUUUGUUUAGGAUGUGGUGCGACGUAAGCACCGACGAUCCGGAAUACUGGAUAUGCCAUCGGGAUUUAUGUGCGGGCAUUGAUAACGCGAUUUUGAGGUCCGUUGUGGAUGCUUGGGAGGCCGAGGUCGCGG